AUGGGGGUGAUAGUUUGGUUGUGUGUUUUUGUUGUGUUGUGGGGUGGAUUUGGGGGGGGGGGGGGGGGUUGUGUUUUUUGGGGGGGUGGUGGAGGGGUGUUGAUAGGUGUGUUGGGGGGGGGUAAUUGGGGGGUAUUGGGGUGGGGGGAAAUUUGGGUUGAUUUUUUUGAAGUGGAGGAAGGAGGGGUUGGAGGUAGGGGUUGGGUAAGAGGGGGUGGUGUGUGGGAAAGGGAAGGGGGGUGGGGUGGGGGGGUUUGUGAAGAGGAGUAUUUAUGGGGUUGUAUUUUUGGUGGUAUGGGGGUGGUGGAUUGGAUUUGUUGUUAUAUUUGUGGGGUUGUUGGUAUUGAAAACAGGGGGUGGUAUUUAUGGUGUUUGGGAUUAUGGUUUAGGUUGGUUGGUGGGGUGGGGGGGGAAUUUAUGGAGAAGUGGGGGUGUGAGAAGGGUGGGGGGUUGGUGGGGUAUGGGAGGGGGGGGGUGUUGUGGAGGGAUAAGAUGGAGAUGUGGAUAGGGAAUGAGUUUGGUGGGGGGGAUUGGUGUGAGGGUUUGGGUUGUUGGUGGUGUUGUGUAGUUGAGGGGGGUAGUUUGGUGGGGGGGUGGGGGGGGGGUGGGGGUGGUUGUGGUGGGGGGGGGGUGGGGGUGGGUGUGGUAGGUGUGGAAGUGGGGGGGGUUGUGGGUUUGAGUGAUGUGGGGGUUGGGGGAUUGGGUUGGUGGGUGUGGAUGUGUAAUGGGUGUUGUGAGGUUGUGGAGGUGUUGAGUGAUGGGAGGGGGGUUGUGUUUGAAUGGGGGUUGGAAGGGAUGGGGAGGAUUUGUAAGGGAAAUGAUAGGGGGGGUUGGGGGUAUGAGUGGGGUGGGGUUGGGGGGGGGGUGUGGUUGGGGGGGUUGGAGAUUAGGAAAUGGGGUGUGGUGGGAGGGUUGGGGUGGGUUGUGUGGGGGUGUUUGUUGGGUUGGGGUGUGGGAUUUUUGUGGGUGUGGAUGGUGGGUUUUGGGUUAGUUGUUGUGUGUUGUGGUGGGGGUUGGUUGGGGGGUGGGUGGGUGGGGUGUGGGGGGGUGGUGUUUGGGGGUGUGGGGAUUUGUUUGGGGGGUGGGUUUUGUGGGUAUUUAUGGGUUGGGUGGUUUGGGUUUGUGGGGAUUUAUGUUGGGUGGGUGGUUAGUUUUUUAGGGUUGGUGGUUGUGGGGGGGGGUUGGGGUGUUGUGUGGGGGUGGGGGUUGGGUUGGGGGGGGGGGGGGGGGGGGGGGUGGUGGGGGGGGGGAGAGUUGUUGAUGUGGGGGAGUGUGUGGGGUGGGUGUGUGAGUGAUUUUUGUGGUUGGUUGUGGGGGGGGGGGUGUGUGGGUGGGGUGAUGGUGGGGGGGGUAGGUGUUUUUGUGGGGUUUAGUUGUAGGGUGUUAUUGGGGGGGGAUGUGUGUGUGGGGUGGGGAGUAGGGAUGGUUGAGUUUAGUUGGGGGGGGGGUUGUGUGUGUGGGUGUGGGUGUUGGGGGGGGGUUUGUGGGAUAUAUUGGGGGUUGGGGAUUGAUUUGUGUUUUGGGUGGGGGGGUUGUGUUGGGUUGGGAUUGUGGGGGGGUGUGGGAGUAUUGGGGGUAGUGGGGGGGAUGGGUUGGGGUGGUGGUGGGGUAGGAGUGGGUUUGGGGGGUGGUGGUGUGGUGGUUGGGGUAUUGUUGUGGUUAUGA